AUGGCCCAGGCAGGUAGUCCAACUGCCAGCUCAGGUCAUGGCGAAACUAGUAAGAAACCGCUACCGGCUACUGUUAAGAAAUACCAUGACCGCCUGCGUGCUGCCUACAGCAAUGUGCAGUUCUGCAUAGAGGAGACCAAUGAAGAGAAGGAGCGAAUCUUGCAACUGGACGAGCUUUAUGCUGAUCUCCAUGUAGUGUCCAAGCAGAAGCUAAAUGCCAGGAUGCGUGACGCAGAGAGACUUGGCACAACUGCGGGCAAUGAGCGGCUGGCUCAUUCAUUUGCGUCUGAAGCUAGGAAGCUGCGCAAAAUGAAACUUGCCGAGAUUCUCAAUGUCAAGAAAGCCAUGCGACAACGCAUGCAUGGGAAGACUUUCCGUGCCAUUGCCCUCUCAUCGGCUGGAGCAGGCAAAACCAUGCUCUUCACCAAGAAGGGUCCGUUUGAAUGGGCAAGAGGGCAGAUUUGGCCACACAUCGCUGUCCUGCGUGCACUGGAGCUGCGCUUGGAAGAAGUGCGCAAUAUCAAAAGCAUCGCUGAGCUGCUGGAUUUGCAGAAUUACGGCAUCACAACAGAAGGUGAGCAGGUUGAAGUCAUUGAUUUUGUCUGCAAUCAUCCGGAAUCUGUCUGUAUCAUUCUCGACGGCCUCGACGAGAUAAAGCUCGCCGACUGCAGCAAGUUCAUGUACAACGUCAUCUGCGGCAAAGAAUUACCGGGGAUCAACCUGAUCAUCACGUCACGCCAUUCAGCAGAAGCAAUGAAGCUGACACAAAACCGGGACAUAGUCUUUCAUCGUCGUGUGGAGCUGCUAGGCUUUGAGAAGCAGGGUUUGGAGCAUUACAUUCGCAAUGUCCUGUCUCCGAAAGAUGCACCCAAGUUUCUAGCAGAGCUCCGCACCAACCCGCAGCUGGCCGCAAUGAUGCGUACUCCGUUUUUUGCCCAAGCAAUCUGCAGCCUCUACCGACACAAGCACAGUUUGCCAAACACGCCGGGUACAAUCGUCAACUCGCUAAUCCUCCAUCUACUGAAUCAGCACGAAGGAAAGCUGCCCAGCGAUGGUGAGCAAUACACCGAUUGGGACGAUGUUCCCGACGACGUCCAGGAAAAUCUUCUUGAUCUCUCCCGCUUCGCUUUUCACAUGCUCAUCCGCCGGAAAGUCGUCUUCACUGAUGCCGACUUCAAAAUGUUUUCACUGUCAUUGGCAGCUCGCACACUUGGAUUGCUCAUCGCCUGCGACAAGGCAUCACCACGGUCCAAGACUCAGUGGCGUUUCAGCCACCUGGCACUUCAGGAAGCUCUAGCAGCUCGCUACAUCGCUAGCCGCUCUCCCAUUGCAGCUGACAUCGCCUGGCUUGUGCAGCGACUUGGAGCGUUCACAGGCAGCCUCAACAUGUUUUGGCGUUUACUAGCCACUGAGCUGGACAGUGAGUCCGCCAAUGUGUUGAUUAAAGCCAUUCUCAAUCCGCAGUCCCCAUCGUCUUCUCAGCCACAGAAUGCCGACCAGCAUUACACAGGAGCGGAGGGGCACAACGUCACGUGUUUUCUCUUCACCACACACGACCACAUCAUGGAAUGGGCCGACCACGUGUCCUCCUUUCUCUCGCUGGACGAAGCAGAGCAUCUUGCAGAAGAAUUGCUGGGUGACAGGAUCGGUCUCGCAUUGUCUGCUCCUGAAGUGGUCCGCCUCGAAAUUGACCCAGCCGUCACCAAAAUCACCUGCAAGGAUUUCGUUCGUUCAAUGCUACCCAUAUGGACAGACCGCGUCCCCAGUGCCAGUACACAGAUGCUGCACUAUGCCAUGGCGCACCAGGCGCAAGGUUCGGCCAUUCGAUGCUUCACCGUCACUCCCACGUCCAAGCUUCCUCCAGUUCCUCCAUCCGACGAUGCGGCUCAGCCACCCGCAGCUCUGGAGAACGUCAGUGACGCGGAACGACGUCAACGAAUCCUCUACGCCUGCCGGGUCUUCGCGGAGCACGUCAACGCCAGGCAAAGCAGCAUCGAAGACAUCCAAAGCAUGCAAGCUAUCUUGACGGAGUACGGAGUAGAUUUCGACGGCGUUCCUCUCACACCGUCGGACUGUCAGGCCAUCAACACAGUCAUCCGUCACCACCACCAGUUCAUCACCCGCAUCCGCCUGCGGAACUGUUGUAUAGGUGAUACCGGGUACGCAUGCAUGGCUGAUGGCAUGGCUCUACUACGCAAUCUUACGCUCAUCAACCUGGAACUGAACAACCUAACAGAUCGUCACACGGCCCAUAUCGCAGCGUGUAUCGCAUCCAACACGUCAACACUGCGACAACUCUACACAUCCGGGAACCUGUUCAGCAGCAAUGCUACGGCCACCGUCCACAGCAACACACACCGCUGUACGCGACUGCUGGGAGUGGACUUUGGAGGUCAAAAGUGCACCGAUCCAGCAGUCAACCUUGACGUCAUCACCACAGUCUGCAGCAGCUUGCGCGCAUGCCCAGAUCUCCGGUACGUCGGUGUCUAUGUCUACGUACUGGAUAUGGAAGGUCUAACCCAGCUAGCACCAUUGUUAGGAGCACUGAGGCUGAGAGACCUGGAGCUGGACAAGGUUGGGAUGAAGCAGAACUCGGCUACGAUCGUCAGUAGAAUCAUUCAACAGCAACACGAGAGUUUGGAGGUCCUCUCACUCCGGCGCAAUGAGCUAACUGGAGAUUUCCUCGAAACUGUUCGUGGUGAGCUGAGUCAGUGCCGACGCCUAGAGAAGCUGUACCUGGACGACGACUGCCUCUCGUCGGGAGCUCUGCCGGUGCUUGCGUCCCUGCUGCCCAGCCUGCCAAACCUCUCCAAGCUCGAAAUGGGGAGGAAUGAUUUCCGGGACGCUGGCGACGAAGCAAAGCUGUUCGCCGCCGCUGCUGAGAGCUGCUCGUCUCUGAAGGAACUGGAGAUGCCUGAAAGAGCUCUAGUUUCUCCACUACUGCGCGAGUCUCUAAGUGCCAUGGUGAGAGAUGAUCUGAAUGUGCAGUAUAGCCAGUUUCGCUGGUCCGACGAAGUGGAGAAUGACGACGAAGAAGAAGACGAGUACGACGCUGAAGGAGAUAGUGAGAGUGAGGAAUGA